AUGGACAGUAAAUGGUGGAUACAGCUCCACAACACCGCGAUAAAACUGUCACAACACCACUAUAUGGUUGACACAACACCACCGCAACACCGUCAUACAUGCCCACAACACCACAACAACACCACCGCCACAAUACCGCCACAAUACCGCCACAACACCACCACAACACCAUUGCAACACCGCCACAACAAGGCCACAACACCACUUAAGCACUGCCACAAUAACUCCACAACACCGCCACAACACCACCACAACACUACCACAACACCACCACAACACCACCACAACACCACCACAACACCACCACAACGCUGUCACAACACCCCACAACAACGCUACAACGCUGCUUCAACAACGCCAAUACACCACUGCACCACCACCACAAUACUGCAUAAACACCCCCACAACACACGCACAACACCGACAAUAUAA